AUGGAGGAGGUCCUGCAGACAUUUUACCAGUGUGGGAUUUGUCAGGAAUCUAUUACCUACCCAAAGAAGCUCAAAUGUCAACAUGUCUUCUGCCACGAAUGUCUGGUAGUCUACAUCACUCACUACUUUGGCAAAGCUUCGUUUCCGUGUCCGGUGUGUCACUAUAAGCAUUUGCCAGAGGAACAAAAAACAGUUAUUACCCAGGAUACAUUACUGAUACUGGAGGAGGAUUCUCUGAUGAGGGAUGUCCGUCUAUUUUUCAAAGAUGGCGAGAAACCGCAGCCAAUAUAUAAUGCAGAUGGAAUCAACAGAGUACCAUGCACCAUUCAUACUGACAGUCUGUGCGGUUACUUCUGUCCAGAUUGUAACCUGCUUGUGUGCACACAAUGUAAACGGGAGAUGCAUCCACACUGUCACCUGCGCCAAAUAGACAAGAGAAUGCGUAUGGAAGCAUAUAGCGACAUCCGAAAAGUUACUGCAGAUUUAACAGAUUUCCUGUCUGAAGCAGAAACUGUUCACACUGAUCUAAAUUCAAAAGUAGGGAACAUCUGUCACAACUCCCCAGAGCGUGUUGAAACAAUCAAGUUAUAUUAUUCAGAUCUGAAAGAAAAGGUUGUGAAAUAUCUGGAGGAGCAAGAACGGGAAGUACUAGAAAAAAAAAUGAAGCUGGAAGAGAAGGAGAAAGCACACUUGGAGAAUGACAUAGGUGUUUGCUCAAAGAUGGUGACCUCAGUAGAAUCGCGACAGCGACUUGCACAUGUUGUACAUGAAUGA